ACAUUGCACACAGACUUUAAACCAGGCGUGACAGUUGUUUUCCUUUUCUGUUUGUGUGAACGCAAGUCGGAAGAGGUUAUUAACUCUGUUGUGUUUGUUUCAGAUGAGAGCGGUGAUUCAUGUGGUGAUGGAGAAACGGCCUCUACAUCAAAACAGCGACUGACAGCACAAACUCUUUCCUGCAUCACCUGUGGAAAGACAUUCAGUUCACAGAGACGUUUAGAGACACAUGAGAGAAAACACACAGAACAGAAACUCUUCACCUGCACCAGAUGUGACAUCAGCUUUCCUACCUUACAAGAGAAGAAACGUCAUUUAAACAUUCACAGAGAGAAGCUUCAGUGUGAGGUGUGUGGGAAGAGUUUUUUCAGCUCUUCUCAUCUGAAGGUUCACAUGAGGACUCACACUGGAGAAAAACCUUUUCACUGCAGUGAAUGUGACAAAUGUUUUAGCACCAGAACAUAUCUUGUUAUGCAUAAGAGAAUCCACACAGGGAACAAAGUGUUCAGGUGUCCUAACUGUGAAAAGAGAUUUUAUACUCCAUCCAAUCUGAGGAAACAUGUGCGUGUCCACACAAAUGAGAGACCAUAUCAGUGCAUUGAAUGUGGAAAAACCUUCACACAGUCAAGUUCUCUAAAGUCACACCGAAGAACACACUCUGAUGAGAAACUCUAUCAGUGUUCACAUUGUGAUAAACGCUUCAAUCAUAAACCUCCGCUGAUAUGUCAUGAGAGAGUUCACACUGGAGAGAAACCUUAUCUCUGUUCUCACUGUGGAAAGAGAUUUACUAAUUCAGGUUCUUUCAAAGAUCAUCUGAGAGUUCACACUGGAGAGAAACCUUAUCACUGCAGUGUUUGUGGGAAGAGUUUCAGUCGACAUUACAAUUUUAAGACGCACCAGAGAACUCACACAGGAGAAAGACCUUAUAAAUGUUCUCAGUGUGAGAAGACGUUUACUCAAAGAGUUCUCCUGAGAAUCCAUCAGAAAGUUCAUAUUGGAGAGAAACCCACAUUUGCUCCAUCUGCAGCAUGUUUAAAACCUCUGAAAAAGACCUCAAAUGAUACAGAUGGCAAAACACCAGUCUCAUGUUAGAACAUCUAGAAAUCCCACAUCAAAUUUGAAUUUAUAUGUCUUGUUUUCUCUUUACUGUGGUUUACUAACAGCGGCUCUAUAUGGCUCUCUACAUUCUUAGAUUAGAUUUAAGUAACAAAUCAGAUUUAUAUCUCAAAACAGUUGAUGUGCUGUGAGGUUCUGAUAGACUCAAGCAGAUGUUAAUACUGAACACAUCACAGAUUCACUUUGACUGGAUCAUUCAUGACAGUUUAACAAUAACUCUGUUGUACAUUUUUACUACAUUUCUGCUUAUGUUAUUAAUCAAAUUCUUUAUUAAAAUGUGUAUUAACUCUG